AUGGGUAUCAAUAAUCCUAUUCCGAGAAACUUGAAUAGUGAAUCAAGAAAGGCUGCUAAGAUCCUUGCGUCGUUUAUAAAGCCUAACCAAAUUGCUGGGGCAGAUAAGGUCAUUCCUCCACAUGUACUUAAGAAGGCAAAGGGUUUAGCCAUCUUGACGGUUUUAAAAGCUGGUUUUCUUUUCUCCGGUAGAGCUGGGUCCGGUGUGAUUGUUGCUCGUUUACCGGAUGGUAGUUGGUCUGCUCCUUCAGCCAUUGCUACUGCUGGAGCAGGUGUUGGUGGACAAAUUGGUGCUGAGUUGACGGAUUUUAUCUUUAUCUUGAAUACGCAAGCAGCCGUUGAUACUUUUGCUCAACUAGGUUCCGUCACCUUAGGUACAAAUGUAUCUAUUGCUGCUGGACCGUUAGGUAGAAAUGCUGAAGCAGCCGGUACAGCCUCAUUUAAAUCCGUUUCUGCUGUUUUCUCUUACUCCAAAACUAAAGGGUUAUUUGCUGGGGUUUCUCUUGAAGGCUCAGCCAUCGUGGAAAGAAGAGAGGCGAACCGCAAGUUUUAUGGUAACAAUUGUAAGGCCAGACAAGUUUUACUGGGACAAGUUGAAAUCCCCCCAGGAUGUGAGCCAUUGAUGAGAGUUUUAGAAAGCAAAGUGUUCAAUAAUUCUGUUCCUUACAAUGAAGACUAUGAUGAUGAUGAUUACUAUGAUGAUAUUCCGACGACAUUUUCAGAUGAUACUAGUGCUGGUAGUCGCUCUUCAAGACGAGGUGGAAGAGGAAGAGACAGAAGAGGAAGUAAUGCUAGAUAUGAUACUUAUGAUGAUUUUAGUGACGACGAUGAUGAUGAUGAUUAUGGUACUGGUGGACGUCGUCGUAGAUCCAAUAGUGGUCGCCAAAACAAUAGUAAUGCUCCACCUCGAUAUUCAAGUAUAAAUGGAGGAGGAUCAAGACAAUCCACAUGGGAAGACGAUAUAUAUGACCGUUCCCCAAGACAUGGAGGAGGUACUAAUAGUUCACUGAAUACUUCUGCUCCUCCAUCCAGACCUCCAACGUCACUGAAACCCAAUUUUGGUAAUAGUAUAAAGACCAAUGCUAACCAGGCAAUUGCAUUGUAUACAUUCAAAGGUGAACGUGAUGGAGAUUUACCAUUCAAGAAGGGAGACGUCAUUGAUAUUAUCCAAAAGACCGGAACAAGCGAUGAUUGGUGGGUUGGUCGUAACAACGGUGUACAAGGAAUGUUCCCUGCCAACUAUGUUGAAUUAAUUUAG